UUCACGAUCGCCUCUCAGAGUGGACGAAUCAUUUACGGGCAUCGUCCGCAGCGAGCGAACGUGCGAUCUUUUUCCUCCUGACAGAACGGCGAGUUUAGAACACUUAGAAGUAACGAUCGUUUUAAAUUUGUGGCAGCACUGGGCAAAGCGGUAAUUUUAUUUUGCUUUUACCAACAAUUUUCCAAAAGUGCCUGAAACAAUUUUUCUUGCACGAAUUGCUUACUUUAAGACGUAAUUUAUUGCUAAUACAUUAAUAUUUUAAUAAUAAAUGUGUCAUAAAACAAGCGGUUGUAUGCUUGAUUUAUAAAAGACGUAGAAUACGUUAAGAAUUAAUAAAAUUACAAUUUAUCAUUUCUGAAAACAGCAAGAAAAAGAUUUUCAUACUUUGAAACUUACAAAUGAAAAAUUUCAAGAAAUAAAUGGCGACUAUUAAGAACAAAUAAGAUUCAGUUAUGGUGAUCUGUCAACAAUAUAUUAUGUUACUUUUAUUACUUAUUUUGAAUGCCAGUAAUAUUGUGAUACCCUGUAACGUUCUUGAACUUUACGUUGCAGGGUGAAGGAACAUUUGAUUUAUUAAACAAAGACUCUCGAAAUCAGUAUCUGAAUCUUCUGAAACAUACUGAAGAUUUGUAACUCACCGUCAAGGCAGACGUUUUGCAUGUUACUCGAUCUCUUCAUUUGAGCUACUGAAUUCUCAUGAAAUACAAUAUUCCAAUGGCCCUAGGACUCAGCCAGCCAACUCCCAUUUCACCUUACAAUCCUAUGGCAUACUUGCCUAUGCUUAACUUUACAAUUAGCCAAGUAGCCGCUGUAUGCGAAACUCUAGAGGACAGUGGAGACAUUGAAAGACUUGGACGUUUUUUGUGGUCUUUGCCAGUAGCUCAUCCGAACUGUGCCGAACUCAACAAAAACGAAUCAGUCCUUAGGGCUCGGGCCCUUGUGGCUUUCCAUACAGGAAAUUUCAGGGAGUUGUAUGGUAUCCUUGAAAGUCAUCGUUUCACUAAGGUAUCCCAUUCCAAACUCCAAGCUAUGUGGUUAGAAGCUCAUUAUCAAGAGGCUGAAAAGUUAAGAGGAAGGCCUCUGGGGCCAGUGGAUAAGUACAGAGUGAGGAAGAAGUAUCCUCUUCCACGAACGAUUUGGGAUGGAGAACAAAAGACCCAUUGUUUCAAAGAGAGAACAAGAAGUCUCCUGAGAGAAUGGUACUUACAAGAUCCAUAUCCAAAUCCUACCAAAAAGCGAGAACUUGCCCAAGCGACGGGUUUGACGCCGACACAGGUCGGGAACUGGUUCAAAAAUCGUCGACAAAGGGACCGAGCGGCGGCGGCAAAAAACAGGCUACUGCAGCAACAGAUGCAGCAACAGCAGCUGUCUCACCAUCAGCAUCCCACAGCGACACCCCAGCGAGGGACCGUCUCCCAUCAUACAGCUCCCCAAGGGGUCCACAAUGGCAGCACUCCCCACCACCACCACCACAGACUCUCAUCUUCGUCGUCAGAUCACCACAGAGGGGGGCCAGGAGAAACGACAGACGACGGGGAGAACACCAACGGAAGCUUCGGGUCUUUCGACGGAGGCAGUUCUCCUGGAUCUCCUCGAUGUUUGAGUCCUGCGCCUGUUUCUACCACCUCGGAUUCGAGCCGGACUCCUUCGCCAAGGCAUCGCCACUCUUCUGGCCAUCACGGACUGCAUCAAGAGCAGAGACAAAGUUUAAAUCUUAGCCAGCAUCUUCCUAGACAUGAUCCUCUUAGCUCAAUUUUGCAUAGGGAUAGGCAUCCACAUGCUUAAGAACAAAUAUGAAUAUGAGAAAAAAACUUUUCAGCUAAUACGCAAUGAAGCGAUUAAUCGGUCCAAAGGGCCCACAGCUAUAAUCAGCUCUAAUCGUUCUAUGUGCAAUUUUACCGUGAAUGGUGACUUUUCGAAGCUCCUAAUGGGGGUCAUCUUAGUUAAAUCAUAGCACAGACUGAGCUGCCAGUUGCUUCAUAAAUUUUUAAAGCGUAAUUUGUUUAAAAAGGUAAAGUUACAUCAAAUCUUCUUUUAUUUCUUUCUGUUUGUGCAAGUUUCCAAUCAAUGUAAAGCAUUUGUAAAGGCGUGCCGUAAUAUGUCUGACAUAGUUUCAAGCAGGCUAAUCCACUACGUUAGUUGUAAAAUUUUCCAGGUUUAUUUUUGCUUGACUUAAUUACAGUCUGCUCGAAAAUUUCAAAACACAGCAGUUAAGGAAAAGGAGGAAAUGGAAUUCUAAUUAAAAUUUUGGAGAUAAAGACGUAUUAAUAGUAAUGUUACACAUACAUUGGUAUCCAAAAUUGCCUUUAUAUGAAAAAAUAUUAUUUUUUUCAAAAACUGAACACAUCAUUGGUCAAAUUUUUUUCGUGGGGGAGGAGAUGUGUAGCACAGUAAUGCAUAUAAAUGAAUUGAAAAUUGAACAUGAUAUUCAUUUAAAUCACUUUAUGCAGGUUUCAUAACAUUUCCUCUCCAUAACAUGAAGAAAUGCAGAUCCUCUGUCGAAUACAUAAGGAACUGUACCCAUUGGUCCUACAAAUACCAUUCACAUUUAUUCCAUUCUUAAGGUUACGUAGACCCGGUGGCGCAGUGAUUAGCGCAUCUCGCAGCAGCAUCUCAGGUCCGGGGUUCGAUCCUCCGGCUAGGCAAGGUCGACUCAACCUUUCAUCCCUUGAUUUCUAUCGCUUGGGUCGAUAAAAUGAGUACCAAGUUCGCUUGGGGACUAAACAUUGGGGGUCCUGCGACAAGCUGACACGUGUUCAGGGCACAUGCUCACGCACCCUGGGGCCCAAGGUCAAGAAAGGGCACAGCAGGCCUUGGCCCACUAGGGCUGUUGCGCCAUUGAGGUUAGUAAAGGUCAUAUUCCUUAAUACGAUGGUACAUGAAUAUACGUCAUUAAUCUCUUCUAGACUUUGGGACGUAUACCAAGCGAUUCCCAGUAACUUCCCUAGUGUGCCUUCGUAGUGUAGUGGUUCUGCACACUGAGCCGGUAUUUCAGAGGUCCGUGGUUCGAUUCCCCGCGAAGGCGGUUGCAUAUUUUUCAUCCUUUUGCCUCUAAAAAAAUCCUAAUGACUCUACAGCCUACAGUAGAAGCAAACUUUAGUCAAAUAAAUAAUUUACUACGAUAAAAGAGAAACGGGUUGAAUAUUGUUGAACGGGAGUAUUUGAGAGUUAAAUUAAGCAAAUAUAGGCCAACAGUUAAAAAUACUGCAAUCAUACAUUAAUUAAGCUCAGUCAUCACAUUAAUUAAAAUCGAACUCUGAAAUUUUGUUUCUAAAAACUUGUUUACUUUUGUAAAAUUAAAAAUAAUAAAUCUAGUAAACCAUACUUACACAGCACAUGGGAAAACACUGAAAUAUCUAGAAUGAGAGUCCGAUUUAUGAGGAAUCGAAUCCGAACCAAGCAUUCAAAGGUCUUAUCCAUUUGGCCGGUAAAGAAUCUGCUUAAUUUAUUAUGACUUGUCAUUUUUUUAAGGAUGUAAAGAUAAUUUUGGAAACCAAUGUAAUAAUCUGAAAACUAUGGAAACUUCAUAUUGCAAUUCAGUAUCUCACAAUACAGUAUAAAGUUUGUAAUCCGGAUGUCCAUUAUCCGGAAUUAUCUAUAAUCCGGACCUCAUAGCCACACACUUUUUUUUAUGCAUGCGCGUUUAAUGUUACGCAUGCGCGUUUAAUGUUUACG